CGCCAAUCAGAACCGUUUGUUUAGAGUUUCAUGGAGUAAUUUGAAUUUCUGCUUGAAGGAAGGUGAAAAGUGUUGUGUCGUGGUACUGCGUUGUUGUGAGACGAGUCGUGUUGAAGUGUUGUUUGUUGUCAAGCGUUUUGUGUGUUGGUUUGUUUUCUGUGGUGAAAUUACAUAAUUUUUUCGGAUGAAGAUCAUGAAGCUAAAGAAGGGUUCAAGAUGUAUGGCCAAAUGGCUAAAUACUCAUUUCUACUAUUGGUGCACUAUAAUUGAACCAGUUGGUGAGGAGUGGAAAGUUAAAUUUGAUGAUGGAACAGUUGCUGUAGUUAAAGCAAAAGAUUUGCAUGAAACAUCACCAGCACAUGCACGCAACCCAGUUCGUAUAGUCACACGUAGCACAUCUAGCAAAAAUCGGAAGAGACCUGAAGAGAUACGAAAAUCUCCAGCUAGAAAAGUCCGUAAACUGUUUACUGAAGAAGAGAACAUCAGAUUGGGUGCCAAAUUAAGCGAUGUAAAAGAAAAUACUACUGCAGCUGAGAAAGAGUCCAUAAUUGAGUCAGAUCUGAUGGAGGGUCUGAAGGACAAGGAGUCACAUGAAAAUUUGACAGGUGCUGCAGAUGUCCAGCCAUCUUUGCGUGAAAAAAGUGUGUCAAAAGAGAUUGAAAAUCUGACACAAAGUGUUGCAGAUGUCCACCCAUCUUCACGUGAAAGAUCAGUUAGUGUGUCAAAAGAAGCUGAAGAUGUGAAAUACAGGCCUAGUGUUGCAGAUGUCCACCCAUCUUCACGUGAAAGAUCAGUUAGUGUGUCAAAAGAAGCUGAAGAUGUGAAAUACAGGCCUAGUGUUGCAGAUGUCCACCCAUCUUCACGUGAAAGAUCAGUUAGUGUGUCAAAAGAAGCUGAAGAUGUGAAAUACAGGCCUAGAGUUGCAGAUAUCCGCUCCUCUCCAUUUAAAAGAACAGAUGGUUCUGUAGACAUCCGCGCGUCUCCUUUUACAAGAUCAGUUAGUGUGACGAGAGAGACUGAAGCUAUGAUACACAAUACUGGAGAUGUCCGCCAACCACCAUCUAGGGCAUCAGUUAGUGUUACAGCACGGACUGAAGAUAUGAAAGGUGGUGCUGAAGAUGUGCGUCCUUCGCCAUCCCGAAGAUCAGCUAGUGUGGAAAUACAGAAGGAAAGUUUCACACGUAGUGUGCAAACGUAUGCUGCAUCAUAUCUUGACAGAGAUUCGCGCCGCCUGUCAUAUCUGGACAGAUAUAUCCCCAGCCGACUUUUGAAGGAAGGUUCUGUUGGAUCAGUAGAUCUACAUGCAGGUCCAACUAGAAGAUCAGAUAGUCUAUUAAUGCAUGGAGAUAGUCAACGCAUAAAGAGAGAAAAUUUAAUGCAUGAUGUGCCAAGAUAUGGAAAGUCAUACUUUGAGGGAGAUUUCCAAAGACGACUGUCGAAGGAAGGCUCUGUUGAUGUGCCAAGAUAUGGAAAGUCAUACUUUGAGGGAGAUUUCCAAAGACGACUGUCGAAGGAAGGCUCUGUUGAUGUGCCAAGAUAUGGAAAGUCAUACUUUGAGGGAGAUUUCCAAAGACGACUGUCGAAGGAAGGCUCUGUUGGAUUAGCAGAUCUCCACCCAUCUGCAAUUAGAGGAUCAGACAAUUUGCUGAAUGAGAGAGGGAAAGUGACACCUGGAUCAGCAGAUCUCCGCCCAUCUGCAAUUAGAGGAUCAGGCAGUUUGCUGAAAGAGAGAGGGAAAGUGACAGCUGAUUUGACAAGACACACAGCAUCAAAUGUGGACAGAGGUCUCCAAAGACAGCUGGUGAAGGAAGGUUCUGCUGAUUCUACACUUGCUACCGAGAACGUGAAAGAUAAUGAAAAAAAGUAUCUGAAUAAAUAUCCUAUGGAAUUUGGAGGAAGACUUGGUACUUUGUUGCUGAUUUUGUUACUGCCUUUAUAUGUCUUGAGUUUGUUUUGUUUUAAUUUGGUACCGGACCCAACAAAAUUUGAAGUAUUGUUUCAAAUGCAGCUUGUACUGAUUCCUCAAGUGGCUGUUGGAAUAAUAAUGCUUAUAAUUUUCCAAGCUUUACUUAGCAUUGUGCCUAUUGGCAAAGUUGUCAGUGGACCUCUGACUAAGCUUGGGAUUUUGAAAAUGCGGCUUAAUGGGAUUUUCGCAGCCCUGUUUGCACUGGUUCUAAGUUCAUCAGUGUGCUACUUCAAAAGGGAAGUUGCUGACAUUGUAGUCAGUGUGUAUAGUGAGGCUGCAGUUUCAGCAAUGCUUGUGGGAAUUGUAUUUUCUCUAAUUCUGUACAGAAGAGGUGGUAAAUUGCCUAUCUCCUAUCGUAAUCCAUAUGGAUCAAAAGGCUUUAUGUGGUAUGACUUCUGGAUGGGACAAGAAGUUACUCCUCGUAUUGGAAAAUUCGAUGUAAAGCUCAUCCUUCAUCGAUUUUCCAUACUUAUUGUGAUUACACUGAACAUGUUGAUUGCCACAAAAGCAUAUUCGCAGGGAGUGGAAGAAGAAAUAUUAAGAUCUGUUAUAAUAUCUACAAUAUUGCAGUCAUUAUAUUCUUUACACUUUAUUUUUCAUGAAGACCUGUAUCUGUAUUCCUUCCUAGCUAUCUCAGAAGGUGUUGGAUACAUGAUAGCAGUGGGAUUUAUGACAUUUCCAUUCAUAUUGACAUUCACUACAAAAGCUAUCUUGGACUAUAGAUUAAAGGCAUCACUGACAGAAAUGUAUAUUGUACUGUGUUUCUAUACAAUUGGACAAAUAUUAUUACAGUCGAGCAGCCACAGGAAAAUGCUCUCUCUAAAAUAUCCAGUCACCUCAGUUUGGAGGGUGAAUGUGCUGCCUAAAUGGAGUGCUGCUGUUCAGACCAGAGCAUAUAUGGGAGAGAUAAUUAUUUAUUGGGCUUUGGCUUUGGUUGCUGGUACCACUUACCUUGGUAUUUUCAUAAUACCAUCAGCAUUUACAGUUACUGUGCUUUCAAGAGCCUUCAGGGAAUAUAAACGUUCAGCAGCCUAUCAAGCAGGUGAAGUUAACACCAAACAAUACUAAGCUGUAAUUCUCAGUAACUCGUGUGAAACAAGAUCAUGCUAAAUGAUUGUGAAUAUGGGGCUAACUGCCAUGUUCAAAUAUGGAAUCAUUUAUAAAAUGUUUUUUUUUUUUUUGUGAUAACUACUGUGCACUAUUUGAACUGUCUUUGUUUAGCAAUUGAGCACAUACAUUUUCUUAAAAAAGAGUUUUCAAAGAUUUUAAGAUGGUCUAAAAUUACAAAUGAUCUUUAUGUAGCACUUUUUAUGUAAUCUGAAAGAUUAUAGGAGCAUCAACAUUUAUUGUGGCAAGUUUAGUUUUUAUUGAUCUAAGAAGACUGUUAAAACAGUAAUUUUUUAAAAAAUAUGUCUUUGGCUAGUACUUAUAGUUAAUUACUUAAUAUUAUUAUUAUUAUUAUUAUUAUACGUAUCACUCUACAGUGUUAUUAUUAGUAUUAUUAUACGUAUCACUUUAUGAGAGUACAAAUUAAAGCCCUUACUGAUUGAUAUGUUAUAAACGCCAUUCAGACUAUGGCACGAACUGAACAAAUAUCAUUUCAUGCUGUGUAUUUUAUAUUUGGUUAUUUUCUGUAUUUUUGUUGUAAUUAUUUUCUAAUUGUGUUGUUUAAAUAAAUAGGUUUAGGUUAAA